AUGGCCCCUAUUGCUCAGGCUGUGACUGUCUCCCUACAGGAGCUAAAGGACGGAACGGUGUCGUUUGAGAAGCUCCAGCAAGCAUUCGGCCCGGAUUCUCUGGGUAUCUUGGUUGUCAAAGAUGUACCACCCGAGUUUGCGAGUCUGAGGCAUCAUGCCCUCUCCUAUUCGUCUUACCUUGGAAACCUCCCCAAGUCUGAGCUGGAUAAACUCGAGAAUGAAAAGGCCAAGUACCUUACCGGAUGGUCCCUUGGAAAGGAAACCCUCAAGAACGGCCAGGUCGACACAUUAAAGGGCUCUUUCUAUGCCAACUGUGCUUUCUAUGUUGACCCAAAGCUGUCUUGCGCAGCGCCGACCGAGGAGUUCAACACUGAUAACUUCCCUGAGUAUCUCUCGCCCAACAUCUGGCCGGAUGAUGCGACGCUACCCGGCUUCAAAAACUCUGUCGAGGAUCUUUGCCGUCUGAUCAUUGACGUUGCCGUUUUGGUGGCUAGAGCGUGCGAUAGGUUCGCCGAGAAGGAAAUUGCCGGUUAUCCCAACGGUUACUUGGAAAAGGUUGUGAGCACCUCGACCACGACAAAGGCUCGCCUGUUACACUACUUCCCCGAGGACCCCGCCAACGCCCCUCCUGCGCCGACAAAGGCGAGCGAAAUCGCGAAUGGCGAGGGCGGCGACGAGGAUGACUGGUGUGCUACCCAUCUGGACCACGGCUGUUUGACCGGUUUGACUUCGGCCAUGUUUGUCGACGAAGCCAAGACGCCAGCGGUCGCACCGGCUUUUGAACAAACUUUGGCCGACAGCAAGCCGCUGAAGUUGGCACCUAUUCCCGAACUUGAUGCGUCCCCUGACCCGGCAUCUGGUUUGUACAUCAAGUCUCGUACUGGGCAAACGGUCCAGGUCAAGAUUCCCCGCGACUGUAUUGCUUUCCAGACGGGCGAGGCAUUGGAGAGGAUUACUGAGGGCAAGUUCAAGGCUGUGCCGCAUUUUGUACGGGGAGCUCGUGCUUCCAUGAGCGAUGGCCGGAUUGCGCGCAACACGCUUGCCGUUUUUACCCAGCCGAACCUGGGUGAGGAGGUUGACAUGGAGCAGCAUAUUACCUUUGGAGAGUUUGCGAGGGGAAUCGUGGCCAAGAACACUGUUUCUUAG